CAUCGUUUCUGCCUUAUCUCCCCCCCCCCCCCCCCCCCACCUCCUUUCUCAUCCAGUCAUAUUCCCAUUUCGAUGUUCCUCAAAAGAAUAGAUCGUCUGGAUUUGGGUCAUCAGCGCCUCCACCACCAUUUCACAUUCUGAUUCUUCACUGUUACGUCACCCCCCAAUCCGUUUUCACUAGGUUUAGUUCCCUCUGUCGAAUAUUGUUAGUCUGUCGCAUCCCCCAUGCCUCCACUUCCCCCAUCUCGGACGUCGCCUCCAGCUCUCUGCGAUCACCAUCCUCGAUUCAGCUUCCAAUACCGAUGCACCUCACCGCCAUCGCUCCACCAAGGCUUCAUGUCAUCGCCGCUUCCGCCACCAGUCCAGGAAACCCACCACUUCCCCCACCGCUUCAUUGUUCCUCGAUUACAACACUUUGCUUCAUUCCAGUUUUGCAUCGGUUGGAUGGGUCUAAUUUCAUUUUAUUCUUAUUUAGGUUUCGAUGAAUUUGAAAGGGGUUUGAAGGCCGGCUUCCGAAUUCCAGAAGACAGGCCUUACCAAGUGCAUAAUCUGCAUGAAGCAAUUGGGGUUGCUAGACAGAUCAUUCCAUGGAACUUUCCUCUUCAUAUGUUUGCUUGGAAAGCGGGUCUUCCUCCUGGUGUUCUUAAUAUAGUUUCAGGAUUCGGUCCAACUGCUGGAGCAGCUCUUACUAGCCAUAUAGAUGUUGAUAAGAUUGCUUUUACAGGAUCAACUGAAACCGAUAAAAUUGUGCAAGAAUUGGAUGUAAAAAGCAAUCUUAAGCCAUGUACUUUAGAGCUUGGAGGGAAAUCACCUUUUAUCAUUUGUGAGGAUGCUGACAUUGAUAAGGGUGAAUGUUGUUGUGCUGGUUCAAAUUCCUUUGUUCAUGAGCACGUAUACGAUGAGUUUAUAGAGAAAUCAAGAGCACGCGCUCAAAGACACACUGUUGGUGAUCCUUUCCAAAAGGGUAUUGAACAAGGCCCUCAGAUCGACCUGGAGCAAUUUGAGAAGAUUUUAAAAUACAUAAAAUCUGAGGUUGAAAGCAAUGCGACUCUUGAAUGUGGAGGUGACAGAUUAGGGUCCAAAGGUUUCUACAUCUAACCAAUCGUUUUCUCUAAUGUUCUGGAAAGGAAAAGAUGAGGUGGUGAGCAAGGAUAAGAACUAGAGAAAAGAGGACAUGACUAAUGUGUAGGUAGCCUACACACCUUUACAAGCAAGUUGUUUUACAUAAUCACAACAAUUUUUCGGUCUAUUGAUUUUGGAUCUUUCAAAGUAUUUCCCAAAAAUGUGGAUGUCGCUAAGGCAUAGGUUAACAAUCAAAGCUUUUUUUAUUUUGCUUUGUAUCUAAUUUUGAAUAUGAAUCAUAUGAUACUUAGUAUUUUGUUUUGAUGUUUAUUUGUAGAUCUUAUUACUGCAAAAAAAAUAUAUGGUUAUAGACAAGAGUAUUCAAAGAACAACCCUUGGUU